ACCGAAUUCCCCCCAAGUUCACACGGUGGUCCACGCAUUUCUUCUUAUUCACGACACUGGUCAAAAAUGGACGAAUAUUUUUUCAAUUGAAUUUCAAUUUCAGCUAACUGAUACGUCGGAAUCUCAUGGCUACGUCGUCGUUUCUCACCGGCGAGAGAGCUGUAGUAGCACUCUUCAUUGGUUGGAUUGUCUUUUCUACCCCUCAUUCCCUUCUCUUCGAAUCCCUCUCCCUUUCUCUCCUUUCUCUCCUUGCCCUCUCCGUUGAGAUCUCCGUUGAUGCCUCUUCUUCAAUUCCCCUCUCUCACUUCUUCAAUACCAGGCCUGGUGCUUCAUCAGGGAUAUUUUUGGGGGCAGUAACGCUGCCUGGGCUUAUGGUGUCGAAGUUAGUUCAAAUGUCAAGAGCAGUAUCUUUAAAUCAUGUUGGAAGUGAAGAGCUUGAAAAUCUGCAACUACUGUAUUGGGUGACAUCUGCAAGUUGCUACACUGUGCUGGCUUAUCUCUGCUUCAUUUUUUACCAUCAAUCAGACUGCAAGAAUUGUGUCACUUCGCGCUGUAGCUUAACUUGUAUAGCAUUGUAUUUUGGAGUCUGCUGUGUGUCUUUUGCUGUGAAAUCUCAUGGUGGGUGGUAUACAGCAGCUAUCUUAUUGUGGCUAUUCUCUCAUGGAUUUGCAGCAGUAAAAUUGAUUCAGAAUAUUCUCCACACUUUUCCAGCAUGCGCUUCAAUUGGAGAAGCGCUACUGGUUACUGUUGGCCUUGUUAUCUAUUUUGGUGACAUGCUAGCUUGUACUGCUGCUAAGUCCCAUGGGUACUUUACUGCAUCUAAGGUAGUGAAUGUAUCAUAUGGAAUCCAAAGAAGUGAAGUUAGUGUCAUUAUUCAGGGAUUGAUUAUUGGCCUUCUUCUUUUCCCUAUGCUGUUCAAAUACGUGCUUCAAAUUCUAGAGCGGGUCAGCUUGGCAUCUUCUAGAGAUAGUGCAGAUAAUCAUAUAAGGCGAUCUUUUGUGUUCUACAUUUCCCUCGCAUGUGUUUUCAUUAUAGCUAUACCAUCAUGGAUGCAGCUUGUUCAAGAUUUUCAUGUGCACCCUUUUCUAUGGGUAUUGGAUUUUGUUCUAUCAGAACCACUUAAAAGGUUGUCGCUGUGUAUCUAUUGGUUGGUUGUUAUUUAUGUAUCAGUUAUCCGAUUUUACAACAUAUCUAAGAGCAGUAAGAUUGAGAGGAUUCUUCUUCGAAAAUACUACCAUUUAAUGGCUGUUUCAAUGUUUGUUCCUGCUCUCAUAUUUCAGCCGAAGUUUCUUGAUCUGGCUUUUGGUGCAGCUUUGGCUGUUUUCUUGAUGUUGGAAAUUAUACGAAUAUGGAGAAUCUGGCCCUUGGGACAGCUUGUGCACCAAUUUAUGAAUGCAUUUACAGAUCAUCGUGACACGGAUCUUCUUGUUGUCAGCCAUUUUUCACUCUUAUUAGGAUGUGCGCUUCCUAUCUGGUUGUCCUCUGGUUUCAAUGACCGACCAUUAGCCCCUUUUGCUGGGAUUUUGAGCCUUGGAAUUGGAGAUACAAUGGCAUCAGUGGUUGGAUACAAGUAUGGGGUCCUCCGCUGGAGCAAAACUGGCAAGAAAACAAUUGAAGGCACUGCUGCUGGCAUAACAUCUGUCCUGGCUGCAUGCUCCAUUCUACUUCCACUUCUAGCUACAACUAGAUACAUCUUAGCUCAGAACUGGUUCUCUCUUCUUUUCGCGGUGACAAUAAGUGGUCUGUUGGAAGCCUAUACUGCCCAGCUGGAUAAUGCCUUCAUACCUCUGGUGUUCUAUAGCCUCCUCUGUCUGUGAACACCUAAUUUGCUGACCUGAACUUUAAACUAUUUUCCUGAAAGCCAACAUGGUGAUCUUUGAACAGUAUUCGUUUGAGCACACAUUCUUUUUGUAGAUAUUACCGCUGUAGAGUUACUUGAGAUGUACAAUAGGUUGAUAGGAGAAAAGGCAAAAAGCUACUCUUUUUGUUAUCUAGACUAGAUGUAGAAUUUGUUUCUGGAAAAGUACAAGUAAAACUAGUUUUGAAAUGUUGUACAGUUGUAACUUUUGCCUUUCAUACUUCAUCAUCCUCCCAUGGUAUGGAUGUAAAUAAAUAGUAGUCAAUUAGAGUUUACAGGCACUACGAGAGAAGUAUUUGUCGAAAUUUCCAUGUUAAUUACUGGUGUUUUGAACUUAAACAAGCAGUACUUCAUGAUUGAGAAUUCUUUCCCCGUCAAAUGUAUAAUUAUAUUGAAGUGGAGCAUUAUCUUCA